AUGAAUUCCACAUCAGUGACCAACGAAACGCAAACAAACGACAGCGUCGGGGAUAAUAGUGACUUAAAAGUCAAUCAGUAUUCAUUGUUUGUGACAAACGUAGUAAUAUGUUCGUUAAAUCUAUUGGGAAACACAACUGUUCUAAUCCUCAUUUGCAAACGACGGCUCUUAGGGCGAACAACAAAUGUCUUCAUAUUCUCGUUGGCCAUGGCUGACGCUAUAUGUGCAAUCGGUGCGAUCCCGUAUAAUCUGCAUCUUGCGCAGGGAAGAUCCAUGUCCGUCUAUAUGUGUAAAGGAUACUUUUACGCCCUUUGCGUUUCCAGAACUGCAGUAUCGUACACAGUUAUAAUGCUAACGACAGAGAAAAUCCUCAACAUUCUUCACCCAUCCAGGUUUAUCACUGCUGGAAGGUGCAUGUUCUUCAUUAGCCUGGUCUGGUUCUUUUCGGCUGCUUACAAUGUAUGGGCAGUUGUAUUUUAUACAAUUUAUGACAGUGAUCAAAUUACAACGUUCGAGCUUCUGUCUGAUUCGGGUAAAAUUUUAUAUGGAAAAGCAUGCUUUUUCUCACGACGUUUUGUGUCCCUUCGGUCUAUUUUCUUAUCUUUAGAUUUGUGUGUCCUUUUCAUUGUUCCUUGUACUGUGUUAAGUUUGGAGUGUUUUGUAAUAGUUCGAAAGCAACAUGGUUCUAUCAAACAGCGAUUUGAGACGUACUUUUACAUAAUGAGUUUUAUCUUCUUUAUAUUUAUAGUGUUCAUAACAUGCCAUACGCCUUUUGAAAUUUCUACUGUAUUGAAAAGUGAGUUUCCAAGUGUUGCAGAUUCCGUAAACACGUUUUAUGACGUGUCCACAACAAUUUACUAUUGCCGAGGAAUCCUUUUCCUGGGCGUGUAUGUAUACUUUAAGCAAUACGUUUGUCGUAGAAAUAAAUUACGGACUGCUAAUAAUGCGAACAAAUCUCAACAUUUGGAAUUGCCUUUACGGAGAAAUUGUCGGGGACUUUCUUUAAAUGAACAAAGGCAUAAUAGAACAUAUAAUUGCUCUAAUCCUUAAAACGUGCAAUGAGGUGCA